AUGGUUGUAUUGGCGGCAUCAAUAUGUACACAUGGAGGGAAGGCCCUUUUGUCGCGUCAAUUUAGAGAAUUGACCAAGGACAGGAUCACAAUGCUUUUGGCUGCGUUUCCCACUUUAAUCUCCAACUCCAACUCACAGCAUACAACAGUUGAAGAUGAAAAUGUUAGAUACGUGUACCAGCCGUUGGAAGAGUUCUACAUUGUCUUGAUCACCAACAAGUCGUCGAACAUUUUGGAGGAUAUUGACACAUUGCAUUUGUUUGGCCUGUCAGUGAGCAACAUGUUGAGAUCUAUUGAUGAGAAGGAGAUUUUUGAUUCUGCCUUUGAGAUCUUGAGUGCAUUUGAUGAAAUCAUCAAUUUGGGGUUCAAGGAGAAUUUGACUAUCUCCAAGGUGCAGACAUUCUUGGAAAUGGUAUCUCAUGAGGAAAUGAUUCAAGAAAUCAUUGAGAGAAACAAGGAAUUGGAAGCCAAUGAAGAAAGAAGAAGAAAGGCCAAGGAAAUACAAAGAAAGGAAUUGGCAAGAAAGUACAUGGAAUCAACAACUUCAAAUGCCAAUCAAGCAUACAAUGCAGCUAACAUAAACUUGGGUGAUUACUCUUCCCAACUGGCCGCUGCUACUGUUGCUUCCACUCCAUCAUACACAGAGUCCACCAUGGAAGGCUAUGGCAGCUCUCCUUCUGCGGCUCCAUCUUCAAGUAUCAGUGGUGUUCCAAGAGGUCCUAGACACGGUGGAGGGUUGCAAUUAGGAAAGAAGAAGGCCCCUACAGCACAUUUAGGUUCAAGUGACCCUGCUGCUCAAUCAUUAUUAAACCAAGAAGUAAAACAACUGGCACUUCCAAGUCGACAACCAGGCUAUGAAGCUCCAGAAGCUCCACAACAUGUUCCAGCGGUUGCUCCUCGUUUUGCCGAAAGUAGACAAGCGUCCUCUACACCAGUUCCCUCCGCUCCUAAACAUGCAAACAACGGUAUUUUGAUUACCAUCAUUGAAAAGAUCACAGCUUCCAUAAACCGGGAUGGUUCUAUUAACUCAAGUGAGGUAAAGGGAGACUUACAAUUGAGAAUAAACAAUGAAGAGUAUGCCAACUCCAAAAUUUUAUUGGAAAAAACGUCUCAAUCGAAGGCUAUCCAAUUCAAGACUCACCCCAACGUUGAUCGUAGCUUAUUUGUGUCUGGAAGUGUCAUUGGGUUGAAAAAGGGUAAGUCAUUCCCAUCCAACGAUCAGGCUUUGGGUGUUCUUAGAUGGCAAGCCAAGUCAGACGAAGCUGAUUACUUACCUAUUAUCUACACAGUAUGGACAUCUGUUGACGAUGGUUUGGCUCAAGUCACCAUUGAAUAUGAGUUAAAUGAGAAAUUCCUUGAGAAUAAUGUUGACCAAGACGUUCUUUUAGAAGACAUUAAAUUAAUAAUAGGUUCAGAAGAUCCUCAUUCUAUUAACUUGACUGAUUCUAGUAAUGAAAACGUUAGCUAUGAUGUUGAUGGAGCUAACGGAGCCAUUGUAUUUACAAUUGACAAAGUGACCUCAGAUGAACCUUCUGGUACCAUUGAGUUCUCUCUUCCCGUGUAUGAUGAAGAUGCAUUGUUCCCCAUUCAAACUAAGAUCAACUACACAAACACCAAUGCAACUGAAAGCGACACAUGCUUUGCUGGAAUAAAGAUUGUAGAUGUUGUGUCCAAUGAUGAUGGUGAGGAGAGUUUACCUUUUGACUUGCACAGUAACAUUGUUGCUGACUCCUAUACAAUUGUUUAA